AUGACCUUGCUCAAAGCAUUCGCCCGUCUGACGACAGGCUCCUCCUCUUCAAGAGCCACCGGCAAUCCAUCUGCGACCCCCGACUCCUCCGUGGCCGACGACAGCAUGUCAGUCACUAGUGAACCGGCCACUCUUGUUCAGGAUGAAAUCGACGACUUGACCCUCUCGGUCCAUCCCUUGGCAUCGCGAGAAGGCCUCCUUGUCAAGGUCGAGCCGCCUACAACCCCACGAGAGGCUUUCCAGUCAGGAAAACGAAUUCCUCGUGCUCCCUGCGAUAUUGUCCUCGUCAUCGACGUCUCUGGAAGCAUGCACGAUGCCGCCCCGGCGCCUGUCAUUCCUGGCCAGAAAGACGAGAGCACUGGGCUUUCGAUCCUCGAUCUUACAAAGCACGCAGCACGAACUAUUCUAGAGACACUGGACGAGCGUGAUCGACUCGGCAUUGUGACAUUUACCACAAGUGCCAAGGUCAUUUUGCCCCUGGUCGAGAUGAAUUCGGACAACAAGCUUUCGGCCAAGGACAAGAUUGAAAACCUCCAAUCUCUGCACGGGACCAACAUGUGGCACGGCAUCACCGAGGGCAUCAAGCUUUUUAGCGAUUGUGAUUCUACCUCGGGACGAGUGCCUGCUAUGAUGGUUCUCACAGACGGGAUGCCCAAUUCAGGAUGUCCACGACUAGGAUACAUUCCCAAGCUCCGUGACAUGGGCCAGCUGCCAGCCACGAUUCACACAUUUGGCUUCGGAUACUAUAUUCGCUCAGGUCUGCUGAAGUCCAUCGCCGAAAUUGGCGGAGGCAACUAUGCUUUCAUCCCCGAUGCUGGCAUGAUUGGCACAGUCUUUGUCCACGCGGUUGCCAACCUGCAGUCGACAUUCGCAAACCGAGCCACGUUGACGCUGACGUACCCUUCCGAGCUGACCAUUCAAGAGAGUGUUGGUGAUUCUGUUGAGAAACAGGCACCAAUCGAGCUUGCUGGGUACCUGACCCCAACGUCGCAACUGACCAUCUCCCUCGGCAACAUUCAGUAUGGACAGUCGCGUGACAUCUAUCUUCGCGCUUCGCCUGAUGCCUGGAGCAAGCUUCUGGAAAAUGACAAAGCGCCAUCGGUCAAGGCCAAGCUCCAUUACUCACAAAUGACCAGCGCGAUCUACGCCGAAAGCGCCGAAGGCCUCCUGUCGGAUCCGACUACGCUCGACGCUGCUGAAAUCGCCUACCACCAGUCUCGGUCUCAGAUGUGUGCCUUUUUGUCAACGCUCUUUCCCAUUAUCAGCGACGAAGAAAGCCAGCACAACGGCGAACACCAAGCUGUCACCAAGGCUAGCGACCAGAGACCACUUUUGCAAACCCUCGUCAGCAACCUACCAGCGCGCACCUUCACCGACCAGAAGAACCAGUCGUUGGUCCAAGACCUCUCGGGACCAGAGCCCAAGGGCCAGGUUUCCCUAGCCAUCACCAACGCCGAAUUUUACCGUAAAUGGGGCGUCCAUUACCUGCCCUCGAUUCUCAACGCCCACACGCGCCAGAUUUGUAACUCGUUCAAGGACCCUGGUCCCCUUCAAUACGGUGCCCAGAGUCCGCUGUUCAUCGCCUGUCGUAAAGCUCUCGACGACGCCUUCGACAGCAUCCCUCCACCGACGCCCAGCCGAUACAGAGUGGGCACGUCCAGCAAGCCCAUCAACAUGCGGCGCUAUCACAGCUCCUCCAACCCGUGCUUCGCCGGUUCGACGCCGGUGCUGCUGGCAUCCGGACGCAGCGUGUCGAUUCGACAGCUGAGACACGGCGUCAAAGUGCUUACGCCACGAGGUCCGAGACGGGUCGCCGUGGUGCUGGUCACGCCUGUUCGCAGGGAGGUCAUGUGUCGCGUGGGGGGGCUCGUGGUCACGCCCUGGCAUCCGCUGUCGACAGAUGCGAAGAGCUGGGGGUUCCCCGCACAGAUGGCAGACUCGGCCGUGCGGUACACAGGAUGCAUCUACUCGGUGGUGCUCCAGCCUGACCGAGACCCGGCGGCCCACGCACUCCGCGUCGGAGGACACUGGGGCGUGUCGCUGGGACACGGCGUGACUGCCGGGGGAGACUUCCGAGCGCACCAGUUCUUCGGCGACUACAUGGCGGUCGCCAAGAGUUUGAAGCAGAUCGGUAUCCGGAAGGGUGGUAUUGUGCUCGGUGGAGGGACGCGGAGGCAUGAGAAGACGGGCCUCGUGAACGGCUUUCGGCGCGCGACGAUGAGGUUGCCGCGGACGGCGGCCGAGCUGGCCAGCAUGUGCAAGGUUUGA